AUGAUCACGAAUCAACAAAAAUGUUACGACUGUUGGGCUUUUCUCUCUUCCCGUCCAUCACCUACCACAAUGCGCGAAGUCAUCUCCAUUCAUGUCGGACAAGCUGGUGUCCAAAUUGGCAAUGCUUGCUGGGAGCUCUACACUCUCGAGCACGGGCUGAGCCCUGAUGGUCGCAUCCAAGAGGGUUCCCCAUCUCACUCUGACAACGGGUUUUCAACUUUCUUCUCUGAAACGGGCUCUGGGAAGCACGUCCCCCGCUCGCUCUACGUAGAUCUUGAGCCUGGUGUCAUUGACGAUGUCAAGUCGGGCCCAUACCGCUCACUUUUCCACCCAGAGACGAUGAUCACUGGCAAGGAGGACGCCGCUAACAACUACGCUCGUGGCCACUACACCGUUGGAAAAGAGCUCAUCGACCCUGUGAUGGACAAGGUUCGCCGCCUUGCUGACAAUUGCUCUGGUCUGCAGGGCUUCUUUGUCUUCCAUUCGUUCGGUGGUGGAACUGGCUCUGGUUUCGGUGCCCUCCUCCUCGAGAGGCUCUCCACGGACUACGGAAAAAAGUCCAAGCUUGAGUUCUGUGUGUACCCCGCACCUCAACUCUCCAGCUCUGUUGUCGAACCUUACAACUCCGUUUUGACGACCCACACAACUCUUGAGCACUCUGACUGCUCGUUCAUGGUUGACAAUGAGGCUAUCUAUGACAUCUGCAAGAAAAACCUCGGUGUUUCCUCCCCCAGCUUCUCCAACCUCAACCGCCUCAUCGCCCAAGUUGUAUCCUCCAUCACCGCGUCUCUUCGCUUUGACGGAUCCCUAAACGUCGAUUUGAACGAGUUCCAGACUAACUUGGUGCCAUUCCCGCGUAUCCAUUUCCCGCUGGCUACCUAUGCGCCCCUCUUGUCUGCUGAGAAGGCUGGCCAUGAGCAAAACUCGGUCGCCGAGAUGACCUUUGCCUGCUUCGAACAUGGCAACCAGAUGGUUAAAUGUGAUCCUAAGGAGGGCAAAUACAUGGCGUGCUGCCUGCUCUACCGCGGUGAUGUUGUCCCCAAAGACACUCAAGCUGCGGUUGCCAGCAUCAAGACCAAGCGCACGAUCCAGUUCGUCGACUGGUGCCCAACUGGCUUCAAGAUGGGUGUCUGCAACGAGCCCCCCGCCUGCGUCCCUGGAGGUGAUCUUGCCAAGACCACUCGCAGUCUUUGCAUGCUUGCCAACACCACCGCCAUCUCCGCUGCUUGGGGUCGUCUUGACUACAAGUUUGAUCUCAUGUACUCCAAGCGUGCCUUCGUGCACUGGUAUGUUGGUGAGGGUAUGGAAGAGGGUGAGUUCUCUGAGGCUCGUGAAGAUCUUGCUGCGCUGGAGAAGGACUACGAGGAGGUUGGCACGGAUAGCGCUGACGCCGAAGAGGAGGGCGAGUAUUAG